AUGAAUAUAGAUCGACAAUUUAAAUCAGUGUUUAUUGCCAAUACAUACUUGCAUAGUGUGAUCAUCAAACAUAUAAAACAAAUCAAUCGAUUACUAGCAGCACCUUAUGAUCGCCAAAGCUAUAAUUACGAACCGAUUGGAUACUACAACUGGUAUCAAUUAACCGAGUAUCCUAUUCAACUUGCAAGACAUGGUUACUUUGAUCAACUACAAUCAACUCUACUAGUAUUAGAACAAAAAUAUGCAAAGUAUAUAUGGUUUGGUGAUGACAGUGGUGGUGGUUAUCAACAACAACAACAACAACAACAACAACAACAAACAACAACAAAUAACCAUAAACGUAAAUGGAUACCAAAUUUAAAAGAGAUUAUUAGAUCUUCAAUGCGAUACCCAUUUAUAUUAAAGAAUCCAAGAAGAAGUCACAUGAUAAACAAACCAUAUCAAGAUGAUCAUAGUUUUGUAAUCAACAAGAGAAACAAAUUUAUUCAAGAGUUUAUGUAUACAAGAUAUGGAGUGGAAAACUUGGAAGAGUUUAUAGAGACUGUAACUACAUUCUCUCUCAAAGCUGGUGACAUGUCACAAAUCAAAUGGAUAGAAUCGAUUCACAAUAAUGACAGUAUACUCAAUGUAAUGAAAAAGUAUACGAUUAGCGAUAGAUGUUUCUUUCAAUCGAGUAAUCAAGAGUUUGUCUACGCGUGUCUCACAAGAUAUCCAGAACUAUUAGGCAACUUUGAGUUGACCAUGUAUCUUCAAGACAGAGAAAGUACAACAUUGAUCAACAACCUUUUCGACAAUGACAUGCAUCGAAUCGAAAAUGAUCUUCUACGAACCAUUCUACACUCAUCCAUGAAAAGUAAUCACCCACGUGCCAUUGAAAUCAUUCACUAUUUUGGAAAGAAUGAACCUCUUAAAAGGAUACUUCUUGGUCCGAAUGCAUUAGAUAAUGCAUGUUUGUCUCCUGUAGGUUUACCUAUUCUUCUCAACAUGGCCGAAUAUUUUCCAGGCCAUUUGAAAACACUGACUCAAUCUGGAAUGAACAGAGCAAUCAUUGGUGGUCAUGUAGAUCUUGUUGGGUACAUCUUGGAUCACACAAAGCUCACAAUCAACAUGGACAUGGCAGCCACAGAAGGACAAACUAAAAUUCUUGAAUUGGGUUACUCUAACCCAAACGAGCAACAACAACAACAAAUCACACAACAAUCGUUGAUAUCUGCAGUCAAUGGACAUUUGGAUACAUUUGAAUGGGUUAUUGAAAAGUAUCCAUCAAUGGUGUUCAAUAUUGACGAUUCUUAUUUUAAAAGAGCCAUUUCAACUGAAAAUAGUAAUGCUGAGAUGUUUAAACUCAUCCCACACGAGAUUAUCAACUUUGACUUGGUGAUGGAAAUUGCAAUCGAACAAGAGAGAUUGGAUUUUGUCAAAGUAAUCGUUCAACUUGCCAAUCAAAUUGGACAUACCUUUGCACAACCAUCUUUUUUACCAAUCAUUUGUCAGAAACCAAAAUCAAUGUUCUUUACGUCCACCUCUAAAAUAGAAAUAUUUAAAUAUCUUUAUGAACUAGGACACGUUAAAUAUUUUGGUGAUAAUAAUUACGAACAACAUAUAACUGCAUUGUAUAAUUGUUUGGAAUAUGGAUGGCAUGAACCUGCUAGAUUGUUAAUUGGAAUAUUACAGAAAAUGUGUGGAGAAUAUGCAAGAGAUCAAUACCUCCCUCGCAAAGAAUCGAUUGACAAGGCUCUACGAAGCUACAAUAUCGAUACCAUCAAAUUAAUACUCGAGUAUUAUUCAGUCAAUGAAUUUCCACGAGUAAAAGAAAAUGAUUUCUUCAACUAUGCCAUUGAAGAAGCCAAAGAUCCAGAACUCAUCCAAUUCCUAUACGACACUUUUAAAUAUCAUGAUACUUUAACAGUCAGCCAAUUUGUCUCCAUUCACAGUCAUCGAACAUUCAAAUUUUUGCUUGCAAACCAUUUAAUCAAUGCCAACAUGUACAAAAGUGUAAUCAGCGUCUAUUAUCGAUUUAAUCAAAUAAGUCUUGACGCUGUUAUAUGGCUAUACGAAACAGGUCAAUUUCCAUGUCACCUAAAAUCCUAUAAAAGAAUUACAAACAAAGAAAUUAAAAAAUUCAUUCAAUAUAAUUGUAAACUUUACGAUGACGGAGAUUAA